UGAGGUUCAGUCAGUGACUCAGUGCUCGUCCUGGUUGUCAGAUCAGGAGCGACUGCUUGGCACUUUCUGCUCCGCCAUCACCGACCUUACAGCAAAUAUGUCCAAACUGGAGCAGAUCCUCAUCCUGGAACCUCCGAUCGACCUCAAAUUCAAAGGUCCCUUCACAGAUGUUGUCACUACAAACCUAAAGCUGAAAAACCCCUCAGACAGAAAAGUAUGUUUCAAAGUGAAGACCACGGCGCCACGCAGGUACUGUGUACGGCCAAACAGUGGGAUGAUUGAACCGGGGUCUUACAUAACUGUAUCAGUAAUGUUGCAACCUUUUGACUACGAUCCGAAUGAAAAAAGUAAACACAAAUUUAUGGUACAGACAAUCUUUGCUCCAUCUCACGUUACAGACAUGGAGGCAGUGUGGAAAGACGCAAAACCUGAUGAUCUCAUGGAUUCCAAAUUAAGAUGCAUAUUUGAACUGCCUUCUGAAAAUGAUAAAGUGAAUGACAUUGAAUCAAGCAAAGCUACUCCAGUCCUUAAUGCAUCUAAGCAAGACGGUUCUUCCCUGCCAAAACCCACUAGCAUGUCACUGGACGACACUGAGAUGAGGAAACUCAUGGAAGAGUGCAAGAGACUCCAGUCUGAUGUAAUGAAACUCUCAGAUGAAAACCGGCAACUUAAGGAUGAAGGUUUGAGGAUGAGGAAGGUACCUAGGUCAGACAACAUGCUAACAAACACAGGAGGCUUGAUGGGUAGAGACAACAGUUCCAGCUCUCUUCCUUCUCUCCUUGUUGUACUCGCAGCCAUUUUCAUCGGAUUCUUCCUAGGGAAAUUCAUCUUGUAGAGAAAAAGCAUGCAAAUGUGCUCAUUUAGGCCUGGAAAUGUUUUACUGUUGACCUGCCAUAACAUUGGUAGUAUGGUCCACAGUGACCAUGUUUGUGUACAGCAUCAUAAUAAACAGGCCUUGCCUUUAACAAUAUCACACGGUUAGUACACACACAAAAAAGAAAACAAGAUUUUCCUUUUUUCAGUUCUUUGGGGGGAAAAAUUAAAAAAAUUGUAUGUUGUCAAAACAUCAAUAGCAGGUGUUUCAAGGCACAUAGAGCCCUUGAUGAAAAUUCGUAAAUAAAGAAUUGUUCUCUUUCUCGCUCUGUGGUUUUAAUAAGAGUUGAGUGGAAUGUUGUGUCUUGUAAAUGUUAUUUUAAUCCUUUUAAAGACAAAUUUUGCAACCUGUUGCCUCUUGAAAUUCGAUGUUAGUCCAAUUCUGAAUCCCACUUUCUUUGGGAAUGUCAAGAGGUGUGCCAGGGAAAAUGUUCUUCCUUGUAAAUCUCUCACCCUUUUCCUGUCCCUACUGAUAAUAACGCAGAUUAUUAUUUUUUGUUUCUUUUAUUUUCUUUUUCUUUCCUGCCACAGAUUAUAAACCUUGUGAGGCAAUUGUUGACUGAAAAAAGC